AUGGCAGUUGCAAGCUCUCUGCUUCCUCCUCCUGACAUGCCAAUUUUCAAUAGAUGUUACCACUGUGGCCAAUACAAGGGAUCAAUGAACAAGAUUCCAGUGUUUUCUUUUCCGUUGCAUCUUUCGUCACAUUCACUGCGACAAGAUGCAUUGAGUUUCUAUCUUUUGAGCAACUUACAUCAGCCAUUAGGCCCUACGUGCGCCAAAUUUAAUGGUCUUGUUUGCCGUUCCCUAUUAAAUCCCAGUGGAGGAAAUGAGAUUCCUAUGAUGAAAGCAGCUGCAACUCUAAUCUCCAGGGCGUGGAGCAAUUUGCAAGGCAAUCCGGUUGUGAUGCAAUUGGUACCUGCUGUUGGGAUUGUUGCUUUUUCUGCAUGUGGUUUGGUACCUCUGAUGUACUUUGGAAGGAGCAUUUUCCUCAAUGUACUGUUUCCAUCCUCAACCCAUUCUAUUCUUCAUUGUGAGGUCGUAUUGUAA